AUGAUGAUAUACGGGCACCAAGACGUUGAUCUCGCUGGUCCCAGUCCAGGUUCUCCUCCAGGCAUGACGUCCUCCAAAUCGUCAAAGUCCUCUUCGUUCAAAUCCUUCCAUUCCGACGACAACAGCGUCCUGGAUGACGUUAGUCACUUUGAAGAUAUCGGUCUCGACGACGAUGCAAACCACUACGAAGCACACCGCGUGCGCGAUCCUCAUGCCGUAAAGAACCCUCACGGCCAGCCCUACUCGAGAUCCUACUCCAACGAGUUCCGCUCGACAUCAUGGAAGCGUCCUCCCUCUCGCUCUCCUCCCGUGACGAGGGACCUGGCCAAGCCCAGGAGUACCAUCGUUACCGCAGACCUGGCUCCCAAUUCUCGCUCUCGUUCACGACCCCCUUUUCUUUCCCUCAAAACCGACAGCCACGCUCUCAAUGGCCGCAGCCCGAGCGCUGGCCGCCUUCCCGAUUCUCGUCGAAGCCCGGUGAACCCGGCGAACCACCGAGGCUUUGCAAGCCACUCGACAACCUCUCUCCCCUUUGCCCGUCGAAACCGCAGCCCGAGUCCCAACUUCUCGCUACUUCCGAGGGACCCCAAUAUGCCCAUGAAGCCCCGGCGGGGCAGCUGGCAAUCGAACCAGGAUAGGAAAUCAGUGUUUGAUCUGGAAAAGGAGUGUGACGAGGACGACACAGACGACAUCCCCGACGGUCUCAUUCUCGACAACGUCCCCAUUUCUCCCCGUCCGCGUUUGGAGCGGACACCAAGCCGCCCAACGUCGUCUGGGGCGUCGAGAUCACCAAACAGACCACAGCAAAAAGAGCGCGUCCGCAGCGUCGGAAACGGAACACCCCCUGUCCCUGUUGACUCAGGAAGUCUACGAUCCCCCUCCUGGAAGUCAGACACAGCCCUCUCAUCCAUUGGAGAGAAUGGCAGUGCACCAGAACCACUCAAGACCCGGGCCAGAAGCUGGAACCUCGCAUUGGCCGACCUCAGCGCCGAGGCCAAGGACUUGACGGAGAAGCUCGAGGAGCACUCGGAUUAUGUUCGCGAGCGUGCCGCAGAGAACGCCAACCCCUCCGGGCGCCCAAACACUUGGAGUGGCAAGCAGCUCGAGCAGCACACCCAGAAGCCCAGGGUCAAAUCUGCCUUGCCCGAGCUUCCGCCGAUCCGGCAUCAGACGAAUAUUAUGAUCGACCCACUUCCAAUUUCUAAGGAGAAGGAGGCCGUCUUGAGUCGUACCCGGCCAUCAUGGCUGCCGCCCAAGGACCCCGCAGAAGAGAAGCGACACCUACGCGAGUACAAGAAAAUGAUGGCACGCAGUGCCGAGGCCGACCGCCGCCGCGAGGUAUCCCGUCAAGAAAAGAAGACUUCACGUGACACGGCGGCCGACAACCUGAUGCGGGUUUGGGACGACGACAUCAUCCCCAGAUGGAAGGACGCCGUGCGGGAGCGCCGUACGCGUGAAAUGUGGUGGCGGGGUAUUGCACCGCGCAGCAGAGGCACGGUAUGGGCGAGGGCAAUUGGCAACGAACUCGGCCUCUCCGAGACUUCUUACAAGGCCGCCUUGGGUCGUGCUCAGGAGAUGGAGGGCCGCGUCAAUGGCGGCAGGGGCGACUCGGAAGACAUUCGGAGGGCUGCGUGGAUUUCCAACAUCCGCAAAGACGUGGCCGAGCACACAUGGCAAGAUCUUCGCAUCUUCCAGGUCGGCGGGCCGCUUCACGACAGCCUCGUCGACGUGUUGUCUGCGUAUGCUCUGUACCGAAGCGACAUCGGCUACGUCAGGGGAUGCAACACUGUUGCUGCACUAUUGCUGCUGAACUUGCCUUCGCCCGCGGCGACCUUCAUCGCCCUGGCCAACGUUCUCAACCGUCCGCUGCCGCUCAGCUUCUACGCAGAAGAUCCCGGCGCCAAGGCUUCGGCCUAUAACCUCGUGAUGCAGACCUUGAGCGCCAAGUCCUCUCAGCUUCAGGAACACCUUACCAAGGACAUCUCUGAGGACGACGCCGACUUUUAUCUCGGCAACUUCUUCAUGGGUCUCGGCACAAAUCACUUGGCCAUGGACGAGGCCGCUCGCCUCUGGGACGUCUACGUCUUCGAGGGCGACGCAGUGCUGGUGCGGGCGGCCGUCGCCAUGCUCAUGCGCCACGAGAUGGCGCUGCUUGGUAUCAAGUCCCCAGGCGAGGCCAAGAAGUACAUUGAAGGAGGCAGCAACAAAGACGGCCGCAAGGCCGUUGUCGGAGAUGAAGGCUCUGAGGACCGCUGGAUGAAGUUGGUCCGGGAGGCAGGCAAGGCCUGA